AUGCCACCCAAGAACAAAUACACGGACCCUAAACUUCGUGAGGAGGUCAAGGAAGAGCUCAAAGCGGGCGACAAAGGAGGCGCACCGGGACAAUGGUCCGCAAGGAAAGCCCAGAUGAUGGCUUCUGAGUAUAAGAAGCGUGGAGGAGACUACACUACGGACAAGACCGAACAGGACGAGUCACAGAAGCACCUUUCAAAGUGGACAGAGGAAGAAUGGCAGACCAAAGAAGGCUCUGGAGAAGCUAAACAGGCCGAUGGUAGUCGCAAAAGGUAUCUACCCAAAAAGGCAUGGGAAAAGAUGACAGAAGAAGAGAAACAGGAGACAGAGGAGAAGAAAUUGGAGGAAGGUAAAGGGGGGAAACAACAAUUUGUUCAGAAUACGACCAAAGCUAAGAAGGAGAGAAAGGCUGCUAACGAUGAGGAAGAUAAAAAGUUUGAGAAGAAUCGAGAACAAGAGAAAAGACGAUCAGCCCGUAACAAAAAGGAGGAAGCUCCGAAAAGCACUGGGGACGCGGGUGCAAAGAGAAAACAGGCGGAAGUACAAGAUGAAGUCAAGACGGGUGACAAGCGCAAGAAAACGACUCAGGCGAGUAGUAGUAGAAAGAAGCAGAAAGAUGACGAGGGCGAAGCUCAGCCUGCCGAUGAUGCAGAAGAGACCAAUGACGAUUCGAAGCACGAAGAUGGCAGUUCAGACAAGAAGCACAAGGCCGACGGUGAGCCAGCCCCCAGAGGCUCAGUGGACAGAUUGCCAGAGAAAGGUCAGAAAGCAUUCUGGAAGUCUGGAGGAUCAAAAACCGUUGAGGGAACGGUGCAAGAUAUCCUAACGAAGGCCAAGAAGAUCGACGGUAAGAACGUCAAGGCUACAGAAAGCGAUCCGAGAAUCGUGCUGAAGGGUAAUGCAAAGGAUGCGAAAUUGUGCGUGCACAAGCCUGACGCAUGUUACUAUGACUGA